AUGCGGCCACUCCUGCUCCUGGUGGCCUUCUCCUGUUCCCCAGGGCUCGGGCAGGUGAGUAUCAUCAGAGGGCGAGAGGCCAGGCCCCAUUCCCGCCCCUACAUGGCAUUUAUUCUGAUCCGAACUCCAAUAGGUCUGAAAGUUUGUGGGGUGUUCCUGGUGCGUGAAGACUUUGUGAUGACAGCAGCUCACUGCCUGGGAAGCCAAAUGAAUGUCAUCCUGGGGGCCCACAACGUCAGGACACUGGAAGGCACGCAGCAGCGCAUCCCUGUGCUCAGACCCAUCCCCCACCCCGGGUACAGUCCGCAGAGCCACAGGAAUGACAUCUUGUUACUGCAGGGGGAUGUGGGGGGUCCGGGGGUGUGUAACAAUGUGGCCCAGGGCAUUGUCUCCUAUGGAGACAGGAUGGGGACCCCUCCAGCAGUCUUCACCAGAAUUUCCAGCUUCCUGCCCUGGAUAAGGAGAACAAUGAGAUGCUUCAAAGAGUGGAGACCAGAAUGAC